AUGCCCAGCACCAUUGCUACGGGUGACUUUGGCCCAGCGCCGCCUGGCAUGAAUCUGUCCAAAAAUCAGACUGGCAGUUUGCUGGGAUCGGUGAUUCCUGUGGCGGUCCUCGGGACCAUUGCAGUUAUACUCCGGUUGGUUGCGCGAAUGAAGACGAAAGAGAUCGGAAAGCUAGCUAUGGACGACUACCUAAUCAUUGCAGCUCUUUUAUUCUCAUGGGGCACAGCCAUAGCGUGUUUCAUAAGUAUUCCAUAUGGAAACGGCUACCAUUUACAAUCGUUGACUAAGGGCGAGUUUAUUAUUGUUUGGAAGAUCCUGUUUGCAUAUGUCAUGAUUUAUGCUACAGCCGUCACUUGCACCAAAUCCUCCAUCGUCCUCUUCUACAGCCGUAUCUUCAACUUUCAGUGGUCCAUCAGCAUCUGCGUCUCCAUGUUCCUGGUCAUCGGAUACUGGAUCACCAUUAUCGUCACAGUUGCCGUGGCCUGUCGUCCACUGCCGUAUUUCUGGCUAGUUUAUACAGAUCCAACAGCCACCGGUGUAUGCAUUGAUGUGCCCACAUUCUUUUUCGGAAACGGCAUCGGUGCCAUGUUGAUCGAUGUGAUAAUCCUGUGUAUGCCAAUCCCAGUCAUCUACAAGUUGCAGAUGCCAUUGUCACAGAAGGUGGCGGUGGUGUGCAUUUUGCUAUUGGGAAGUUUCGUUUGCGUGGCGAGUAUCUGCCGGAUCAUCGCGCUUCAAGACAAUACCCAGGGAACAGACGCUUCAUGGACCAUGGCACCUGUGUUUAUCUGGUCGUCGGUGGAACCUUUCGUUGGGAUUAUCUGCGCGUGCCUCCCUACAUUUGGGCCAUUCUUUCGUCGGUGGUGGGCGAAAGUUCGGAUGGGAAUCUCCUCGGGUUCGGGUGGCCAAGCCAAUUCAAGCUCCGGUCACGGCACGAAUUCACGCAAUGAUCGUUCACCUGCUGCUGCCGCCUGGCCUCGCAAACCCCGAGCGAGAAGACCAGUGGAUGCCUCAUUAUUCAGUAUCAAUGACUUCGGCUGUGUGGAUGAAGUUCAACUAAUGAACGACAUCAGUGCUCCUCGAUCAGUAAGGGAAGAGGCAGUGAGUGACGACCCUGAUGUGGAACGAGGUGACUCUCUGGGUGCUAUCACCGUCAAGCAAGAUGUAGAUGUCACGUGGGGCAAGCCUGCCAAGGGCAGGGACUACUGA